AUGCGCAUACUCUGUAUCAGGCGCCUUGACGUGCACAGAGAUGCCACGGUGAACAAAAUGCCUACACGCUCAGAUCUCGAGGUCUGGAAUGGGAUACGGCCGCCGAAACAGCCAAUAAGCACGUUCUGUGACAGUGCUAAGCCAGGAUGCACCGCUGUGUGGGGACACGAGGGUGGGGCACGCAUCAUCAGGGCGUACUUCCUGGAGGAGGUGGAGACGGCAUCUCCAUGGAUUCCUCCGCACGGCGAGCCGGGGGAGCGAGCGGACGUUCUCUUGCAGUCACUUUGUGGAGGUGUCCUCCGCUCCCAGGAGGGACACGUGAGCGAGUACGGCUUCCACGAGUGUCCCUUCCUGGGUCUUUGGCUUUUUGCAGCCCCGACACGCUGCGGACCUGCCCCGCGCCCGCAUUCCAGGAGCGAAGGAGGGGAGGUGUGGAGGGGCGAGGGCUGGAGGCGCUGCACCCGCCGGCCCCGUGCGGUCCUGUCGGAGCCAGGCCUCUGGUCUGUGCACCCGUGUGUGAGGCGGGGCUGCGGUCGUGCACUGUGCAACUUCAGCGGUACUAUCGACCUCGAGUGCAACGUGAACAGCAUCCCCUUGGGCAAUGGGAUGGUGACCAUCAUCAAGGCUGAAAUUUCUACUCCAUUUUUACAGUCGAGAAAAGUGAGUCUCAGAGGUUAUGUGAUCGUCCAGAGGCGCAAGCCAGAGAAAAGCAGAGUGCGGCUCCGAGUCCAAGUCCGCGCAGAGUCUGAUUCCAAGGCCACAGCCCUCCUCGCUGGCUACGGCUGCCAGAGCUGUCACUUUCGGCCAAACCGUCAACUGAGCGUGUCUCCAGUUGCUCUGGGGACUGUUCCCCAAGUAGAGAUGACGAUAGACAAGCUGGUGAAGCCCUACCUGCACCCUGGAACUUGCACCUGGCCGGGCAGGUGGCGAUGCCGGGCUUCAGAGAACUCUACAGUCUACAGCAACAUUAUUCUUAUCGUGAAUGGCCGUGGUUUGGACGCCGACAGGCUCCCGGAGGGCUUAGAGGAAUUGGGCCCAGCGAGGAACGGAAACCCGAGCCAUCAGCGUCAGGCACGAGCGACGCUGCAGCUCGCCCUGUGCCUCCCGUCGCCGGCCCUCCUGCGGCGGCGCCGUCCCCGCAGCCUCUCCUCCUACAUCCAGCUGCUCCUCCCGCCUCCUCACGCGAUCCAGAAAGCAGAGGAGCGCCAAGCGCUGCAGGCUGAGUUUCAGAGACUCGGUGGGAACUGCUUCCGCAAGGGCCAGCCAAGAGGAGACGCUGCUGGGAAGUGA